AUGGGUCAAUAUCUUUCCAACUUGGUUAAGGAUCUUUUCAAAAAUAAGGAAGCUCGCAUUUUAAUGUUGGGACUUGAUGCAGCUGGUAAAACAUCCAUUCUCUACAAGAUUCAAUUAGAUGAAAAUGUAACCACCAUUCCAACCAUUGGAUUCAAUGCAGAACAAAUCAGUUACAAAAAGGUUACAUUCACAAUCUAUGAUUUGGGAGGACAGGACAAAAUUCGAUCUCUUUGGAGAUAUUACUAUGAGAAAACCGAUGCCAUUAUUUAUGUGUUAGAUUCCAACGAUACCGAUCGAUUUGAAGAAGCACGACAAACAUUGAAACAAGUCAUGGAAAAUUCGUUACUGGAGGACGCCAAACUGUUAGUUUUGGCAAACAAACAAGAUCUUCCUCAUGCUGCCAAUGUGAGCAAUAUCGUUCAACGACUGGAUUUGAACUCGAUCAAACAGGAGUGGUUUAUUCAACCUUGUUCUGCUCUGAAGGGUUGUGGCUUGUUUGAAGGACUUGACUGGCUUUCGUCUAAACUGUAA